AUGAGGUGGAGGUGGUUGCGGAGAGGUGGUGGUUAUGGAGAAGACGGUGGUGGAAAACGUGAAGGUUUAUACCGUGGAGGUGAUGGUGGAGGAGGAGGAGGAGGAGGUGGCGGUUGCGGUGAUGGUGGUUGCGUUGGAGGAGGUGGCAGUUGCGGUGAGGUUGUGGUUGUGGAGAAGGUUGCGGUUAUGGGGAAGGCGGUGGUGGAAGACGUGAAGUUGGAUACUGAGGAGGUGGUUGUGGUGGUAGUAGAGGUGGUGGUGGACACUGCAGUGGAGGAGGUGGUGGUUGUGGAGAAGGUGGUGGUGGAAGACGUAAGCAUGGAUACAAGAGGUAAAUACAGAGUGACGGUGGAGGUACUUACUCGAGAGGAGGAGGAGGUGGUGUAUCCGGUGAAAAUGGAAGGCGUGAAGUCAUAUGAACCAGAGAUCUCAUUCCUCCCUAACUAG